AUGUCUGCUACUGCUGCUCGAACUCUCUUGCGCUGUGCACGGCCCGCCCGGCUGCCUUCCAUGCACCAGUCAGUGCUUGUAUCUGCGCGUGCUCUCUCGACGACCUUUAAGGUGAGCGAGCAGGGUGACAAGGUGAUGCUCGAGACGCCGUACGUUGAGCGGGCGAACCUGAACCCCAUGGUAAAAUACGAAUCGAUGCAGGGUCCCUUGCACGACUACGGAAGCUGGGUCAUCUCUGCUCUUCCUCGCUUCAUUCAGCAAUUCAGCGUGUACAAGGACGAGCUGACAUUUUACGUCGCUCCAUCGGGACUCAUCCCGACCAUGACAUUCUUGCGUGACCACACCAACACGCAAUUCAAGGCACUUAUGGACAUCUCCGGCGCCGACUACCCUUCGCGCUCUCAGCGCUUCGAGGUGAACUAUCAUCUGCUGAGUCUCCGUCACAACGCACGCAUUCGUGUCAAGACGUAUGCCGACGAAGUGACGCCCGUGCCGACCGUGACGAGCCUCUUCCGCAGUGCCGACUGGUUCGAGCGUGAGGCGUGGGACAUGUACGGCAUCUUCUUUGCGGGACACCCAGAUCUGCGCCGCAUUCUGACGGACUACGGUUUCGAGGGUCACCCAUUGCGCAAGGACUUCCCUCUGACAGGCUAUACGGAAGUGCGUUGGGACGAAGAAAAGAAGCGCGUAGUAUAUGAGCCCGUCCAGCUUAUGCAGGCUCACCGCAACUUCGAAGCUGCCUCAUCUUGGGAGCAGGUGGGACAGGGUGUUUCGUACACGCCCAACGAGCACAAGCUCGUGCCACCGAAGCCUGCAGAGGACAACAAGGACAAGAAGUAG